AUGCACGUCGACCAAGACAUAUUCAACACGUCGCACGCGGAGCUAUCCCUUGGGGGGUUGGAUAACUCUGAAUUCUGUGAAGUCCUGCGCCGUGCUACUACGUGGUGGUUCAGUUGGUCCCUCAAAUCUGGUCGCAUCAUCGUGCGGUUUCACCUCACGGACAUGAGGUUCCUGUAUCUACGGAACCCCAGAGCAGCCGCCAUGUUUCACUCGCAAUACCGAGCUCCAAUCACUUGGGACGACGUGCCACAGAUUCGUGACGGCCAAUCAUCCUUGUACACCGCCCCCGUUGUGCAAGAAGAGGACCCACCACUGUCCUCUGUCAACACUCAUCACUACCAUCCACUUGCGAGGCUACGGUCGUCGACCACCCAUCGGCGCUACCCAGGCUCAUCGACCUUCUUCCAGCGCCCGUCACCACAGCUUUUGAACAAGGGGCCCAACGCCCAUCAUCUUCGACCGAACGGCAAGACGACUCACAUGUUCCUCGAUGAAGUGACUUACCCCCCUUCCCACGUGGCAAAUCAAGCUGUCCUUCGACCUAACUUUGGCUCGACUUUAUGCGCCUUCACGCUCCGCGCAGCUAACUCUUGUAUCAUGUCUCAAGAGGAUCUAACCCAUUCUCUCCGAGCCCCAGUCCGGGUCGUCUUCUGCCGUUUACGCGCAUACAUUUCGGAGUAUCGAUUCCCUUUCGCAGCUUUGUCAUGGAUACACGCUGGAGCAGCUCCCCUCAAACUUCCUAUACGCGAACUGCUCCACCUCACCCACUACCUGCACCUCAACACACCUCAAAACCUCGCUCAUCACCCUCAACGUCCCAACCCUCUACGUCCACUCCUUGUCAUUGUCGCCUUCUGCUAA